CAAGCCUUUACCUCUGCCUUGUUUUCUUAUUUGUAAACUUUAUUGAAUUCACUAUUCUGGUUUUAAUAUAAAACCUUACUUGACUACCAACGUUUCAGUGCAGACAAGAGACUCGCACGUGUAACGUUAAUCGAAUUCUUAAUACAAAAUGACGACUUACACGGACAAGGGCAGAAAGCCGGACGAUGGUCGUUUCUUGGCUUUUGACCACGUCACGUUUUGGGUUUCGAACGCCAAACAAGCGGCCAGUUACUACGUGACGAGGUUUGGCUUCGAGCCAUUGGCUUACAGCGGUCUGGAGACGGGUUCUAGACAGAUUUCGUCUCAUGCCGUCAGAAUGAAUAAGAUAAUCUUCGUGUUUCAAGCGCAAUAUGAGCCUGUGGAAACAGAAUUCGUAAACGAAGUGGCAAUUCAUGGUGACUUCGUGAAAGACGUAGCCUUCCAAGUGGAAAACUUGGACUACAUAUUGGAGUAUGCAAGGAAACAGGGAGCGAAGGUCGUCAAGGAUCUGUGGGAAGAAAAAGAUCAAUACGGCGUUGUCAGAAUGGCUACGUUGAAAACGUACGGCAGUAAUACUCACACUCUAGUCGAUCGUUCUAAAUAUACCGGACCAUUUUUGCCGGGAUACCAACUAUUAGAGAAAGAUCCGAUCAGCAAAUAUUUACCCAAAGUGGAAAUAAACUUUAUAGAUCACAUUGUUGGGAACCAGCCAGAGAACGAAAUGGAGGAAGCCGCUUCGUGGUACGAAAGAUGCCUCCAAUUCCACAGAUUCUGGUCAGUUGACGACAAGCAAGUUUGCACAGAAUAUUCCGCUCUGCGGUCAGUUGUGAUGGCGAACUGGGAGGAAACGGUCAAGGUGCCGAUCAACGAGCCAGCCGCCGGGAAGAGGAAGAGUCAGAUACAGGAAUACGUGGAGUACCACGGCGGAGCUGGAGUUCAGCACAUCGCUAUCAAUACAGAGGACAUUAUUACUGCUAUCGAAAAUCUACGCGAGAGAGGCGUAGAAUUCCUCUCGAUACCUUCAAAAUACUACAACCUAAUACGGGAACGUUUGAAGCAAAGUAAAGUGCGCGUGGCGGAAAGUAUCGAUGUUUUGGAACGCCUCAACAUACUCAUAGAUUACGACGACGACGGUUAUCUACUGCAAAUCUUCACGAAGAACACUCAAGACAGACCCACGCUCUUCUUAGAGGUCAUACAACGGCGGAAUCACAAUGGCUUCGGGGCGGGUAACUUCAAAACUCUAUUCGAAUCAAUAGAGUUGGAACAGGAAAAACGCGGCAACUUGUGACGUACAAAAGCAAAUGUUUUUUUCUUAUGAAAUUGUUAAAUAAAUCCAACAGUUCUUU